CCGCUGGCGCCCGGCCUCGGCGACGCCCCGAGCGAGCGAGAGAAGCAGGAACAAAUUGAGGUCCAGAAGGAAAAGCAGAGAGAGCUGAUCCUGCAGCUCAAGACGCAGCUGGAUGACCUGGAGACAUUUGCUUACCAGGAGGGCAGCUAUGAUUCUCUGCCACAGUCUGUGGUUAUGGAAAGACAGCGGAUGAUUAUAGAUGAGUUAAUAAAGAAGCUGGACAUGGACUUGAAUGAAGAUAUUGCAACACUCUCUCCAGAGGAGCUGCGGCAGCGCGUGGAUGCUGCCAUAGCACAAAUUGUUAAUCCAGCCAGGGUGAAGGAGCAGCUGGUGGAACAACUCAAGACACAAAUAAGGGAUCUUGAAAUGUUCAUCAACUUCAUUCAGGAUGAAGUUGGGAGCUCUGGUAAGGCAGAAGAUGGACACUGUGAAUGUUCAGGAAAAAAAGAUGGCAGUGGCUCCUACAAAUCAAAUACGCGAUCUUCUGGAAAUAGAGUGAAUCCAGAAGAUGCCAGAAAGAUGCGAGAAACGGGCCUGCACCUCAUGCGUCGCAUGCUUGCUGUUCUACAGAUAUUUGCUGUUAGUCAGUUUGGUUGUGCUACUGGUCAGAUUCCUCGCACUCUCUGGCAGAAGGACCAAGCCAACAAGGACUAUUCCCCCUUAAUUAAGAAACUGGAGUUGUCUGUAGACCGGGUGAGGCAGCUAGCAAUGAAACACCAGCAGGAAGAUCACGUUAUCAGUUACUCCAGCAUGCAGGAUAUUCCCUUAGGAGGGAGAGAUGAGCUGACUCUAGCUGUGCGGAAGGAGCUGACCAUUGCUUUACGAGACCUGAUGGCUCAUGGGCUCUAUGCCUCCUCUCAAGGAAUGAGCCUGGUGUUGGCGCCCAUUGCGUGCUUAAUUCCUGCGUUUACAUCGUCACCGCAGACCAUGCACCCCUGGGAACUCUUUGUGAAGUAUUACAACGCUAAGAACGGACAGGCCUUCAUGGAAUCCCCGGCUCGUAAGCUCUCCCAGUCCUUUGCCUUGCCUGUGACGGGAGGAGUCGCUAUUACCCCCAAACAGAGCCUGCUGACAGCGAUUCACACGGUUCUCACUGAGCAUGAUCCCUUCAAGCGCAGUGCAGACUCUGAACUGAAGGCCCUAGUGUGCAUGGCAUUAAAUGAGCAGCGCUUGGUCUCCUGGGUAAAUCUGAUCUGCAAAUCUGGAGCUCUGGUACAAUCUCACUACCAGCCAUGGAGCUACAUGGCAAACACGGGCUUUGAGAGUGCGCUCAACAUUCUCAGUCGCCUGAGCAACUUGAAGUUCAGCCUCCCAGUUGACCUGGCUGUCCGGCAGCUGAAAAACAUCAAAGAUGCUUUUUGAUGUAUUUUUAUUAUAGAUCAUCCACUUCCCUCGAGUAGGCAGCUGCUGGGCUCAAGAAGCCUGGCUUUUUUUAAAACCAGAUUUGGCUCUUUGAAAUUGAUAUUUGCUUUUUGGGUAAUCUUAUGGUGUCUUGAUGCUGGAAAUCUGUGUUUUACAAGGCUGCCAAUGCAAAAAUGCUGGAGGUUGGGGGCUGUAAAGCCCCUCACCUUGCCCUGUUUCUGCAGCUCUGAAGAGCAAAACUGCUUCACUGAUCAGCAGAUGCCACUAAACAUUGAAUGUAUUGGGCUAGCUGCCUGGAAUGUACCAGAAGCCUGUCCAAGGGAGAAGGCCCUUCAGAGUACAGUGCAGCUAGCUCCUGUGCUGUAUCUGCAUGAUUGUUUCUUAAAAUCUGUGAUCUAAGUGAUGCCACUGUGAGACAUCUCUCACAGGAAGAGUUAGGCAAUCUGAUGGAUGCUUGGCAGCAGUACUUUGGCUGCUUAGGCUUGAUGGGUUGCCUGGGGGUGAGUGAUUUGCUCUUCCCAGUGUGAAUGUUGAAGAAAACUGGGGGCAAAUUCUGCUUAGCCGCAGGUUCCUGUGAAAGCGUACCUUCUAAACGAGUGGCUCCAGAAGUCCACAGAAACGGUGAUGUUCUUCAGGCUGCCAGGUGAUGGGACUGACAUUCAGGUUGCUUUGUGUAAGAAUCCCAGAGCUCCGGUUUGACGCCUGUGUGCAAACAUCGCGGUACCAGGAGCCUGGUGUUUUACAGCAGGCGCAUUAAUUGCUGUAGCAAGCGUAUGUGCGGGACGAAUCCUUUUCCAGUUACUACGUUUUAAUUUGUGUUAGACAUUAGCCUUUGGUGCUGCAAGUAUGCUAGCUCACUCGGCUCUGUAAUAUUUAUAAUCAGUUGCAGGAUUUAAAUUUAUCUGUAAUUGCUGGUCUGUGGUACAGACGGACUUCCUCUGUGCUUCUGUGUAACAGCAGAGCUUUCUGCUGAGGGCGAGCUGUAUCGUUGCGACGAAAUCCGAAAUGAAAUCGAGAAAGCUG